AUGUCGAAAGAAUUGUUGGAAUCUAAUUUGAGUACAAUAUUUUCGAUACUUCGAAAUACGGAGCAAUAUUGGCGUAAACCAAGAAGUGAUUUAAAUUGUAUGACGCAGCAUUAUGGGCCUGCGACAUGGUUUAUAACACUAAGUCCGAGUGAAUGGUUAUGGGAAGAUUUAGGUGAAUAUAUUCGUGAAGUAAAUGGAUGGCAUGAUACUUCCUUAUGUGUUAACGUACUUGUUGCUAAAGAUCCUGUAUCAACAUCUAGGUUUCUCGAUAAUAAAUUUAGAGCAAUGCUUGACUUUAUUAACUCUAAAGAUCAUCCAAUUGGAGAAGUAACGCACUAUUUCUGGCGACAAGAAUAUCAAGGUAUUUCUUUAUAUGGAACUGAUCGAAAUACAACUAUCAAAUGGUUAGAUGUUAAUCAAAUACGAUAUAGAAAAUUAAAAAGCUCCAAAGAAAUUGAAGCUCUUGAUGCUGAAUCUACAGAUAUAUUUUAUCCAUCUAUGAUAGAUAAUCAUUAUCCACAUAGACCAAAUAAAUUAGAAAAUAUGUCUCUUUAUGAAUUUGCACAGUGGUACGAUAUUUCGAAAAUCAAACCGAAAAAUGAAGAUAUUGAAUAUUAUAAAAUGAGUAAUGGUUAUUAUCUUAAACGGCGACAACGUAGAUAUCUUAUAAAUCAUUAUAGAAAUGAUAUUAAUACACAUCCGGAAAAUUAUUUCUUUGCAUUAUUGCUGAUGUUUAAACCAUGGCGAAAAUUAGAAGAUCUUAGAAAUGAAUGCAAUACUUAUGCUGAAUCAUUUCAUAAAAUAAAACUGCAUCUUGUAGAAGCAUUGCAAUAUCAUGAAAGAUUAGAAGAAUUGCAAAAAGCAUUUGAAACUGCAAAACAGUUAGUUCAACAAUAUCUAGAUGACAAUUUAGAAAAACAACAGUCUCAGGAUGAUCCUGAAAAUCCAAUUGGUGUUCAAAAUAUAAAGGCUGGUGAAGCAAUGCAAGAUUUUAAAGAGCUUGGUGAUAAAGAAAUUAGAGAAAUUGAUGUAUCUGAAAUGAUAGAAAAAUUAAAUAUGGAUCAAAAACGAGUAUUCAAUAAAAUUAUUAAUACUAUAGAAUCUGAUAAAUCGGUAUUACGAUUAUAUGUUACCGGAGAAGGUGGUACUGGAAAAAGUUUCUUAAUCAAGACUAUUAAAUGUUGGAUAAAACAAAAUCUCAACAAAGAUACUGCUGUAGCAGCACCUACUGGUAUUGCAGCAUUUAAUGUAGAUGGAUUGACAAUUCAUAGAUUGCUUCAAUUACCAGUUGAACAUGGUCAUACCCCUAAAUAUAAACAACUAUCUGAUCAUGUAUUAAAACUUUUACGAGCAAAUCUUAAAGAUGUUAUUCUUUUUGUAAUCGAUGAAGUGUCAAUGAUAUCUAAUUUGACUUUAAUGUAUAUACAUCUUCGAUUAUCUGAAAUAUUUGACACUAGUGAUUACGAUGAUGGUUGGUUUGGUCGAAAGCAUAUUCUUUUAUUCGGAGACUUACUUCAAUUACCUCCCGUACACGAAGAGCCUAUCUUUAUGCAUUUAUCAAAUGAAAAAAUUGCCAAACAUCUUGGUUCCUUAAAUGCUAUUAAUUUAUGGACUACAUUAUUUAACUACGAAGAAUUGACAAUUAAUAUGCGUCAACAAGGCGAUAAUUCUUACCGUGAGUUAUUGUCGCGAAUUCGUAUUGGAUUAGUAACAAAAUCAGAUUGUAAAAUUUUAGAAAGUAGAAAAAUAUCUUUUAAAGGUGAAUCUUUCAAAUCUAGAUUAAAUGAGUUAUGUGAUUUUAUUAAUAAUAAUUUAACAUCAGACACUGUUUGUUUAUUGCCUACUUGUAAUAUGUGUGAUAUUCUUAAUAAUGCAAUGUUAAGUCGUAUUGUUUCAAAAGAAAUAUUAUUAAUUGCUGAAGACACGAUUAAUUGUGUUCCAUAUUUAAAAAAGAAAGCAUUAAAAGUAUUGUCAAAUAACGAUGAUGAUAAUUCAAAAACAGCUGGACUUUUAAAACAAAUUAAAAUUAAAAUUGGAGCAAAAGUUAUGAUUCGACAUAAUAUCGAUGCUAGUUUAGGUCUUGUAAACGGUACAAUUGCUAAAGUAAUUUUAAUUGUACAAGAUACAUCUACUGAUUACGUAGAAAAGAUUAAACUUCUUUUACCAUCAGGUUCAGAAUAUGAAAUUGAAAGAGUAAGUGUUAAAUUUGAAGUGGUAGAUAGAGUGUAUGUUAUUAGAAAACAAUUUCCAUUAUCUUUGAGUUAUGGUAUCACUAUUCAUAAAAGUCAAGGAUUGAGUUUGCGAAGUGCAAUUAUGGACAUCGGUAACUCUGUAUUUAGUUGUGGUCAAAUUUAUGUUGCAUUAUCACGAGUAACAUCUCUAGAAGGAUUACAUUUAAUUAAUUACGAUCCUUCAUCAGUAAUAGCUAGCGAAAAAGCUAUUAUUGAAUAUAAUCGUUUAAAACAGAUACACAAUCAAAAUGCAGAAAUGAUUACUAUGACAAAAGAACGCUAUCGUAAAUACGACAAUGUUUAG